CGAUGCGCGUUGUUUCACCUUGUUUCUUACAUCAUGGGUGGGUCAGCGCGGUCGUCGCUUCUGAUCUUCUGCUACGUGGUUAGAAACUCAUAAUUAAAAACUUUUCAUAAUGGAAAAAGUUUCAUUAUAUGAUCCAGAAAAAGAUAUAGUUGUAGAUGUUUAUCUUUCUCCGGAAGAUAUUUUACGUGCGCAACGAGGUUCUUUAUAUAGAUGGUCAACAGCUGCUGUAUUGCUAUUGUUAGAUACAUAUAAAACAUUUGAAGAUAAAUUUUCUAGUGGAAAAUAUUCACAAAAAAAAUCUGGGAGGAAAUUAGUGAUGUUCUAGCUGAAAAAGGACAUAUGAUCACGGGACCACAAUGUGCAGCGAAAUUGAGAAGCCUGAAAAAAUCUUAUAAAAGCGUUAAGGAUCACAAUAGUCGAUCAGACAGUGAUAGGCGAACUUGGCAGUUUUAUGAGAUUCUGGAUGAAAUUUUUUCAAAAAGAGCUUGGUGCUCACCAAUCGCCGUUGCAUCAUCAACAGAACUUUCCAUUAAGCAGGACAAAGGGCCUACAUCUGAUUCAUUAACAGAAAAUCUAGUCCUAAAGGAAAGAAGUCUUAAUAGAAAAGAAUCAUCAACAUCUAAAGAAAACAUAUGCAAUAUUCUUAAGAAGAGGCUUAUUCAAAAAAAUGAACAAGAAGAAGCAAAAGCCAAAAGGCAUAAAGAAAGAAUGGAAAUGGACGAGAAAUUUCUUCAAAUUUUGACCAAAAUAAGUGAGAAACAGUGAGUGCUUUAUAUGAGAAACUAAUAUUUUUCCGUUGAUUUUUAAAAUCAUCAUAUUAAAACUCUAUUCUAUAAGAUGUAACUUUAUAUUUUUCCUAUUUUUUGUUAUUUAAAUUUAUUCAAAUUUUAUUUCAUUUAUAUAGUUUACUUAAAAUGCUUAUUUCUAAGCAUAAUAUAUUAAGAAUGACAUUGUUUUGUGUGAUAUAAAAAAAUAUUAAUUUUAUUCUUCUACGAGAGUUAAGACUAAUGUUCAAUAUAUAUCUUUAAGACUAAUGUUCGUUAUAUAAUAAUUGCUGUGUUAUCACAUAAGUUUACAUUAUAAUUAUUACUAUAUCUGUAAUUAGGUUAAAAAAUGAAACAAUUUUAUUUUUUUAUUAUAAUAAUUUUAAGUGUAUUUUUAUAAAUUUGUAAACUUAUAACUGUAAAGAAUUCAUAAUUAAAUUUCUUUUA